UCCAGAGUGUUAGGAUUACAGGCAUGAGCCACCGCGCCCGGCCUAAAGUGCACUUUAAAAAGCAAGGCUGUAUUUCUAUACCUUGGAUGAGAAGCAGCUUUUCCCCUCGCCCUUCCCUACUGAAGAGAAAUUUGGGUGGAGCUGGGUGGAUGGAGGCGUACCUGGUGGGUGGAACCCAUGGGUGACAAGGGGCUGAGCACAGGCAGGGAUGGCUUCUUCACAACUUGGCAAGAUGGGGGAGUCUCCUGAGAAGCAGGGCUGGUGGUGGGAUGUGGGGGGAUCCUACCUUUCCACCCUCUCUUUCUUUCUAGCUCCAAGGAUGUGUGAUUCGAUUAAGCUCUUCAUCUAGGAUCUCUUGAAGGUGGAGGCUGUUUCCCACUCCACAGCCCUCAUGCCCGGGCAGCGGAGCAUGACUGUCGCAGGGAAGCAUCUAUGAGAGGAGGGGGCUGACAAAGGGGGCCUCUGGACUGAUUCUAUCCAGAAAUUGCAACUGCAUUUACAUUUCACCCAGGGGAUAUUUUGAUUUAAGAAAGUAAGCUCUAUUUUCUCUGUUUAGAAGUCAGUGACAUACACCGACCUUUGGCUGACCCAUUGAACACUAAAUGAAUAGGCUUCUGGGCGCCCUGGGGCGAGUUAUAGGUCUUGCUCAAACUCAACUGGGGCAAGUGUUGGGUCAGAGAAUCCCUGGCUUUUCUGACAAGAGUCUCCAGUGUCCUGGGCUUGAACUCUGGAACACUCAUUGAGGAUUCUUAGCUUUUUCUUUUUUUUUUUUCUUCCUUCAUUCAACAAAUAUUGUGAGUGUCAACUGUGGGCAGGCACUGGAAUAGGUGCUGGGUGUCCCCGGGAGAAGCAAUGGCAGGCAAAACAGAGUCUCUGCCAUCGUGGGGCUUAGUGCUUAGCAGAGAAGGCAGAUAAUUAAACCAUUACAGAUCACCAUGGGGCGUGCUAGGAUGGAGGAAGUGGAGGAUUCUGCAGGAAUUUGGGGAAGGAGGGGACUUCUCCUGGAUUGGGGGUUCAGGAAGGCUUCUGGGGGGCGUGAAGGAGGAGUGUGGUGGUGGUGGAGGGUGUGGUAGAGUUGGCUCACACAGUGGGGAUCCUGUGCUAGGCAAGGGCCACGCUGAGAAUGGAAAGAAGUUCUCGAAGGUUAGAACAGAGAGCAGGCAGAGGGAAACAAUGAGAGAAGAGGUUGGCGAGGUGGGCAGGGGUGAGUCCUCAACAGGGCUUGUACAUGCCCUGAAAAGCCUGGGCUGUUAUCUUGAGGGCAAUGGGAAGCAGAUGAAUACUUUAAAAGCCACAUAAUGACAGCAUCCAGAAUGCAUUUUAGAAGGACUAAUGUAGGGAAGAAGUAGCUAAUAUGGAGAGGAUGGAUUCCAGAGAUAUUUACAGGGUGGAAUCAUGGAGAAUGGGAAGUGGGUUGAACAUGGGCUGAGGGACAUGAUGGAUUCAAGAGCCAGUCCAGAGUCCCUCACUUGAAUAACAGCACGAUGGCAUCAUAGUCCAUUCUGUGCUGCUAUAACAACUCCAGAGAUUGGGCAACUUAGGAAAAUAAAUUUACUUUUCACAGUUCUGGAGUCUGGGAAAUCCAAUACAGGUGCUAGCAUCGUCCUACCAGGUGGCAGAUGGGAGGACAAAAGAAAGCAAGAGCAAAAACCUGCAGCUUCAAGCCUUAUGUAUGCACCUUUUUGCUCCAGCCUACACGGAAACCCACUAUACUCCAAGUGGUAACCCUCAAACCACCACGCUGAAAUCAGAGGACCACUGCUUUUACCACGGCUCGGUGAGGGAGGCAGAGCAGUCCAGCGUCACGCUCAGCACCUGCCGGGGAAUCAGAGGACUGAUAAUGGUGAGCAGUAACCUCAGCUAUGUCAUCGAGCCCCUCCCUGACAGCGAGGGCCAGCACCUUCUUUACAGAGCUGAACAUCUCAAGCUGCCCCCGGGGAACUGUGGGUUUGAGCACUCCAAGCCCACCACCAGGGACUGGGCCCUUCAGUUUACACAGCAGACCAAGAAACGACCUCGCAGGAUGAAAAGGGAAGAUUUACACUCCAUGAAGUACGUGGAGCUUUACCUCGUGGCUGACUAUGCGGAGUUUCAGAAGAAUCGACGAGACCCGGAUGCCACCAAACACAAGCUCAUGGAGAUCGCCAACUAUGUUGAUAAGUUUUACCGAUCCUUGAACAUCCGGAUUGCUCUCGUGGGCUUGGAAGUGUGGACUCAUGGCAACAUGUGUGAAGUUUCAGAGAACCCGUACUCUACCCUCUGGUCGUUUCUUAGUUGGAGGCGCAAGCUGCUCGCCCAGAAGAACCAUGACAACGCACAGCUAAUCACGGGCAUGUCCUUCCAUGGCACCACCAUCGGCCUGGCCCCCCUCAUGGCCAUGUGCUCCGUGUACCAAUCUGGAGGAGUCAACAUGGACCACUCUGAGAAUGCCAUUGGCGUGGCUGCCACCAUGGCCCACGAGAUGGGCCACAACUUCGGCAUGAGCCAUGAUUCUGCAGAGUGCUGCUCGGCCAGUGCGGCCGACGGUGGGUGCAUCAUGGCAGCUGCCACCGGGCACCCCUUUCCCAGAGUAUUCAAUGGAUGCAACAGGAAGGAGCUGGACAGGUAUCUGCAGUCAGGUGGUGGAAUGUGUCUCUCCAACAUGCCAGACACCAGGACUCUGUAUGGAGGCCGGAGGUGUGGGAAUGGCUACCUGGAAGAUGGAGAAGAGUGUGACUGUGGAGAGGAAGAGGAAUGCAACAACCCCUGCUGCAACGCUUCCAAUUGCACCCUGAGAGCAGGCGCGGAGUGUGCCCACGGCUCCUGCUGCCACCAGUGUAAGCUGCUGGCUCCUGGCACCCUGUGCCGCGAGCAGGCCCGACAGUGUGACCUCCCGGAGUUCUGCACAGGCAAGUCUCCCCACUGCCCCACCAACUUCUACCAGAUGGACGGCACCCCCUGCGAGAGCGGCCAGGCCUACUGCUACAACGGCAUGUGCCUCACCUACCAGGAGCAGUGCCAGCAGCUGUGGGGGCCCGGAGCCCGGCCCGCCCCUGAUCUCUGCUUCGAGAAGGUGAAUGUAGCAGGAGACACCUUUGGAAACUGUGGAAAGGACAUGAAUGGUGAACACAAGAAGUGCAACAUGAGAGAUGCGAAGUGUGGCAAGAUCCAGUGCCAGAGCUCCGAGGCCCGGCCCCUGGAGUCCAACGCGGUGCCCAUCGACACAACCAUCAUCAUGAACGGGAGGCAGAUCCAGUGCCGGGGCACCCACGUCUACCGGGGGCCCGAGGAGGAGGGUGACAUGCUGGACCCAGGCCUGGUGAUGACCGGGACCAAGUGUGGCUACAACCACAUUUGCUUCGAGGGGCAGUGCAGGAACACCUCCUUCUUUGAGACCGAGGGCUGCGGGAAGAAGUGCCAUGGCCACGGGGUGUGCAACAACAACCAGAACUGCCACUGCCUGCCCGGCUGGGCCCCGCCCUUCUGCAACACGCCGGGCCACGGGGGCAGCGUGGACAGCGGGCCCAUGCCCCCCGAGAGUGCUGGUCCUGUGAUAGCGGGAGUGUUCUCAGCCCUCUUUGUGCUGGCUGUCCUCAUGCUGAUGUUCUACUGCUGCAGACAAAACAACAAACUGGGCCAACUCAAGCCCUUGGCCCUGCCUUACAAGUUGAGGCAACAGUUCAGCUGUCCCUUCAGGGUGUCUCAGAACAGCGGAACUGGUCACGCCAACCCAACUUUCAAGUUGCAGACACCGCAGGGCAAGCGAAAGGUGAUCAACACUCCGGAAACCCUCCGGAAGCCCUCCCAGCCUCCUCCCCGACCCCCUCCAGACUAUCUGCACGGCGGGUCUCCACCUGCGCCAUUGCCAGCACACCUGAGCAGGGCUGCUAGGACCUCCCCAGGGCCCGGGGCUCAAGUAGAGAGAAGGGAGUCCUCCAGGAGGCCUCCCCCAAGCCGGCCAGUACCCCCUGCACCAAAUUGCAUCCUCUCCCAGGACUUCUCCAGGCCUCGGCCGCCCCAGAAAGCGCUCCCGGCAAACCCCGUGCCAGGCCGCAAGGCCCUCCCCAGGCCAGGCGGGGCCUCCCCACUGCGGCCCCCCGCUGCCACCCCGCAGCAGCCCCGGCCUCUGGCAGCACCUCUUCCAAAGUUUCCAGAGUACAGGUCACAGCGGGCUGGCGAGAUGACUCGCUCGAAAAUCUAGACCCACUUAAGGGGUUUCUACGUUUCCUUUGAGGACUCUGGACGCCCUAGAGGGUCCAGGGCCCGCGGAACCUGAAAGAAGCAUGUCCGGCCACCUCCAAGCCCCGCCCGCCCUCCUCCAGAACCACCACGUCUCCGAAAGUCCCCUUCUCGACUCGGUGCCCCCUCGGCUUCCUCUGAGGCCCAGGGGGACUGCGACCCGCCGGCUUCUAAGGGUGGUUUUGUGCAAUAGACAGCCCGGUAGGGAGGGGAGAGCACGGAGGAGGGCGGAUGGCAGCGUCUCCUCCCAGCCCCCCAGGUCAGGGCCGUCUGAGCCGGCCAGCGCAGCGGGGACACGUCCUGUUGGGCCCCUCAGGCCAGGACUUGGCCUGCAGAAGCCAUCGGUCCGUGUCCUGUGGGAGAGGGUACGCACGAGAGCUUCCCGCUGCUCCUGUCUCUCCUGGUGGCCCCAGGCUGGACAGAGGCUGGCACUUACCCCUCCCCUUUAGCUUUUAGGGACUGAGGAAGGGGCAAGCCAGCCAUCGCUGUGGCCCUGCCCCCUCGGCUUGUUUGAAAUGACAGCUUCUGGCUCUGUGCCUGCAUGUGACAAGCCAAGUCCCCUCCCCACUUCCCCCCGAACGCCCACGUCCCCUUAUCCACACGGGUCACUCUGACUCCAACAGGUACUAUUUGUAGGCAGUGUAGACAGCAGGGGAGCGCCAGGCUCGGGCCUCCUCUGAGCUGAGAUGCCAAAGGUUGCGACUCCCAACGCAUGGUCAUUUUGGGUUGCUUUCUGUUUCUUCUUCUGCACUUUCCUAGCGCCCCAAGCUUCUCUCUUUACCUUCCCCCUGCCCCCCUCUGAUGCGUGGUGCUUGGGUGAGCGGCCCCUCCGCAGUCCUGACUUUCUGGUGACCAGGUGCUUGUGACCUGCACGUCAGGGUCCUGCCUCCAGGUUGGCCACUGGAUUUCCCGCAUUGGAUCUCAAGAGCAUUGGCCCGAGUGGACUCAGGGCACGGCCCUGGGGGGUCAUAGCUUUAGUUUUCAUUGUGCUUUGUGACCUCAGCAGGGUCAGGGUCUUCCUCCUUACUCUUUGACCUACACCAGGGUGAGGUUCCCCCAGGGGUAGGAGCAGGUGUGGCGAAGGUAGCCAACACCUGAGGGAGCCCGGCUGUUAACAAACUGUGCACAAGGGAGCCAGCCUGCCCUAGUGGUCUGGUCGCUGGCUCAAGGCAGGACCGUGGCUCUCGGAGCGAGAGCAGACCUGUCUCUAACCCAGGGAGCCUCUGCAGCUGAGAGCCUUCGAGAAGACAGCCCGCCAUCAACAGCUGUUCUGGAACAAUCAGCGCUGUUGAUUGGCCCCUCUCCGCCUCCCCAACCUGGCUUUUAUCCUUCACUUCCCUUCGCCCUCUCCCUCUGGCCACUGCCCUUCCCUGACCCUCGCAGAAAGAGAGCUGUGAGCACGUGGGGUACCCGGGCUGCCGUGGCCCCGUCGUCCGGGAGCAGGGAGGGAGGACUGCGGUGCCCGGCUAGACAGGACAAUUUUCUCCAGGUAGCAGCAGACGUUCUCCGAGAGACCAUCUCCCGCUCCAGGAAGGUGCUGGGUGGCUCUCCAGAGGGGAGCUGGCCUGACUUUCACUCCUCUGAGGCUUUCCAGGGGCUCCCCACCUCCUGCAGUGGGCAGUUGUUUGCUCUUGAAAACCUCAAUGCAAAGACUGAGGCCACCCACCACCCCAGGGCCUCCUUAUAGUUCUCUGCACACAGUAGGUGCUUCAUAGAUGUUCUUGGGUUUGUCGAUAAAUGGGAGAUACGGGAUGUGCACAGACCUGGGGUGGAUUUAGAAAGCUCUCAGGAAAAUGAGUUCUUCUCUCCUCGGGGGUGGCUGUGAUACCGGUGCCCUGUCUCCCCGGCCUGGGCCCUUCUUGCUCCCAGAUCCAUUCCCCACCUUCCUGGCGGCCUGAGCGAGUCAGGGGACAGCCUUCCAUGUAAAUGCACUGCCCCAUGCCUCACGGCUGAUCCCCAGAAAAACAAAGUGAAAAUAAACAAAUAACACCCCCAGACCCCAGCCCAUGCCUCAUAGAUGUUCCUGUGGCUUGUCCAGGAGUUAGGCAGCUCCAAAGGGACAAUGCCACAGCCAUUGUGACAGCAUGAGGCUUCUGAACCUGCAGUCCACCCUCCCUGGGACCAUACCCCAAAGAGACCUGGGUUGUUUUCUUGCUUUUUGUUUUGUUUUUGUUUUUUUCGUUAUUUUCAUGCCACCUCCAUCCCAUCAAAUUGUACUGUGAACUGGAAGAUGGUGGAGUUUUUGGUGUUUUUUUUAAAUUUGAUAGAGACUUUCGGCAGCUGGUUCUAUUGGCUGUCUCCCUCCUGGCCCUGUUCGGGGAGACUGCCCAGGGGAAAGACCCACCAUCCUACGUCCCCUUUUCUUUCCAGUGCCCGUCGUGCUCCUGUGAGGUGUCAAAUACAAAUAAACCCAGGCUUAAGGAAGGAGAGACCUUAUUCGAAAGGAUUAUUGCAAUUUGGGGAAAGGAAGUACUGCCAAGGGGGUUAGAGGGGCUUUUGCAAUAGGGAGCAUGCUCAGACCGACCUACUGCAAGAUCAGCAAGCGUCUCGGAGCCCGGACAGAGAAGGCCUUUUCUUUUACUGGAAGAAGUAAACAUGGCUAGAGAGAGCCACAUUCAGGGAAUGUCUUUGUGUGUGCCCUUUUUUGGAGAUGGAUGGGUUGUUAACCGGGGGAUGUUUUCCUGCCAAGGUUGAAGGCAGGUCAAGGUCCAGGGUCCGGUGGGAAGGAGGGAAGUCUCGCUAAAGUUUGGUUUAGUGAGUUACCACCCUCUCGGAUAGAGAUGCAUGUAAAUCUUUAUAAAAGCUAAAUUAGCCUCCUGCCAGGUUUACAGCUCUGGAAUGUUUUUCUUAAGAGCCUUGGAGCCAUCUCUGAAAUAUAAAUCUCAAGCGAGAUAGCGCCCCUGUCUCCCUGUCUUUCUGGGAGUUUUAAUAAGUACCUGCUUGCAUCGUUCCUUUUAGCCAUGUUGACUUCCCCCUGUAAAAAGAAAGCCCUUUUCUGCCCCAGCUCUGAGAUUCUUGCAGAUCUUAGGGUCCGAGAAGCUUGCAGACUUUCUGGUCAGAGUUUUCUCUGUAUUGCAACACACCUUCCCCCCAUCGCAGUAGUCCCUUGGCCAUUUCUUGCCAUCUUUCUUUCGAAUAUCUUCUCUCCUCCCUUAUUUCCUCAUUUGUUUUUAUUUGACAGAGGGCAUGGAAGUCUUGCAUUUUUAAAAUUAGGGACCAGUUCUAAAGCGAGUAAUCGUGUUAAAUGCACACAUGACAGCUCUGCUGGACACCCAAGAAAGCCAAGGGAAUGCCAACUGGAACGGUCCCCCAUCAUGGAGGGAAGCCUGCUAAGGAGAGGUUCUGCAAAAUCCACGCCCCAUGUCCCCAAAGUCACCCUCUGCAUGUCCUCUCACACCAUCCACUGUGUGUGUGUAUGUGUCUGAGGUCCAGGGCAAUGUGAAUCUUCUUUUUAUUUGGGAGAUUGUUCACAGACAACAGGUCGUCUUCUCUCUUGUCCACCUAUUAAUUGUUUACAAUAUUUGUACAUCUAUGCAAAAUACUUGAAUGGGCCAUGGUGCCUUUUUUUCCUUGUUCGUAUUUAAUUAAAAUGAACCGUUUGUCAUUUGGAAUGUUA